ACCUGUUCCACCACUGCAUUCUUGACUUUAACAACCUACCUGUCGACGAUUCACGAUCAGUCCGGGCGAUUGUCGAGUAGGCGCAACGUCAGUGGAAAAAUCAAAUCAGCGCCCGCUUCGUUUUGUUUGUGUGCGCUCUUGCGCCCCCUCAGAAACUUGCUCCCAGGGCUGUUUGGGCGCGGAAAGAGCGAGCGGUUGGGCGCAGCGCGGACGCCCCCCAGUGAAGAAGUGCUCUCGUGCAGAAAAAAUUGAAUCAGGUUUCUAAGUUGAAUGUUCGCUAGUGGACUGUAGUUAUUUAUAGCGAGGGUAUUCCGAAGUUGCCUGUGCAGGUUGGCUGGAUACUUUGGGCGCCGUUGCAGUUGACGACGAAGAUUGGAAUGGCGAUGCUGCCGACUCCACCUUGUAUCUGAUGAGCGGGCAGAUUUCCCUGCCGCGCCCCGCGAAAAACCCCGACAGCCCCAGCGACAAGUCGCUGGACCGCAGCCAGAAGUUCUCCAGGUAUUCGCACGCCGACCUGAAGUUCUCCAAGUCGUUUGACGAUGACUACCACAAGCCCAGCAGCAGCAGCAGCAACAUUGCCAAGUAUUUGGAGAAACCAGUCACCAAGUUCAGCGACAACAAGUACCUCCAGAGGCAAAAGUCGAUGGUCAACGAGCGAGGCAAGGAGGGGGCCCGGGAGGACUUCAGGAAGUCCCUGGAAAGGGACUUGCUGAACAAGAGCGGCAACCGCUACUUGGAAAAGUCGCUCUCCAACUCCGAGCAGUUCUACGACGAGGACCGCUACUACUACAACGACAAGUCCAGCCCCAAGUACUUCGAGGACGACGGCUUCGACGAGAACAUCCGGUCCAGGAAUGGGUCGGCUGACUUGGACAAGGACCGGCCCUCCCGGAGCUUCUCCUAUGAGGAGGAGGUGUUCUUUGAGGAGCAGAAGCCCAUGAAGCAGUACCCGGUGCCGAAGGCCAGACAGAAGUAUGUGGACGACGACGCCAAGUUCAGGGGCCCUAAGACGAAGAGCAACCCGAACGACCCCAGGUACUACGAGCCCCGAGGUGCGCAGAAACCCAUUCGGAGCGGUCGUGACUUCGACCGAGAUGAGAAAAAAGAGUUCAGUUUCAGUUCCAACGCAGACCAGUUCUACUACGAGGGCACCAGCUCGAUCAAUCGGCGGCAGCCUCAGUAUCGGCAGCGAUCGCCCACUCCUGAUGAAAUCAAGGCGCCUCGCGACCGCUUCAAAGACGCCAAGGAAAAGUUCCUGCUGAUGGAGAAGGAGAGGCUGGAGCACGAGAGGCGCAACCCCGAGCCGCCAAUCUCUCCGACCAUUCAGCGCGAUAAAAUCCACUUUGUCAAGCGGCACCAGAGCAUGGCCUACCCCUCAAAGGACCACCUGCGCAGCAAGUUCGAUGACAGGUACUCCAACGACCGCCAUGAGUUCACUGCAGAGACGCGCCCAACGCCAGCCCCUCGCUACUCUGAAGAGGUGCGCUACAGGCAGAAGGACCGCGAUGGCUUGCGGAGCGCAGACAAGUACGACCCGAAGCGAAGAUCUAUGUUCUCUUUGAUCGAAGAGGAGCAUAAGAAGAAUUCCAGUGAAAUUGCCAAGGAGCUGAAGCGGCGCUCCUACAUCGAGUUCGGCCAGCAGGGCUUUGAAGAUGAGGACUGCGAAGAGAGGGACCUCAGGAGCAGCAGACACUACCAGGACCUGCCGGAAGCCGACAGAUACAACUCGCUACUGAUGGAGAGCGUGUCGAAGAGCAACGAGCAGAAGUACGAUGCGAAGUUCGCGAAGAACCCGCAGAGGGACUUCAAAGGGGUACCAGGGUACCGGCAUAGUUACGCGGAGCCCAAGCUGAAGAUGGAGCAGAAGAAGAAGACGACCACGGCUGACAUGCUGCAUCGGACCAACAGCACUGUGGGGUACCUGCCUCCGAGGGUGGGCAUCGCCAGCAUGCACCCCUAUUAACGCGGCGGCCAUAUUUUGAUUUUGUUUAGCUCUUUUGCUCAGAAGUACUGUUUAGUUUACCCAUGACAUUUUUUUAGUUUCUUUAACCUUUACUAGUGUCAUAACUACUUAGGUGCCUUGGAGUUUGAUAAGGUUUCCUCGCCCAGUCCGACGCCCCAAGCAAAUUAUCGCAUGUACAAUAUUUGUAUAUAAAAUUAUCCGAGUUUGUUAUUUAUUUUUGAUAUUUUAAUGCGCAACUGAUUACUCUAAUGCACGGCUUGUAUAAAGGCGCGCCGCUUUUUUACUAUCAGGAUCUAAAACAAAUACACACUUUCUAAUU